UCUAGCCGGCCCAUUCCCGCCCCACCCUUGUGGCCUGCCUCACCCGACCCGACCCGGUCUCCCCCAAACCCUCGGGCAGCUUCUCCCGUGCCCCUCGCGUGCGCUCUACGACUGGGCGGCCGCCGGCACCCUACACCAGUUGCCCAGGUCUCUGUCUUCGGGACCUUCCCCGGCGACGAGCAUCCACCAGGUCAUUGCUGAGAAGGCCGAGAAGAGCGACACCCUGGAAAUUCACAGCAAAGUCAGUUCGUGCCCGUUUCAAGAAUAAUUCGAUUGCAUUUCUAAUUGUUUGGGUAGUUUUCCUCCCAUUACAUAUCUCCUUGUGCUUCUGAAAGUGCGUAUUGUAGCAUUUUUUUCAUUGAUUUUGCCAAACUCUUAAGUGUGGCUGUGCCGCUGUGGGACCAUUUUCCUCCUGCCAAUCAUGCUUCCAGCUUCAACUGAAGAGGGGUAGCAUUCUGUGCAUUUUAUUUACUUGACGAUUCAUUUUUCAGUUACUAGUUUGAACUGAAAACAUUGUAUUGUUCCCCCCCUAUUCCCUAUUUAACAUAAGACUGUGUUAGAAUUUUACAUGCUAAACAUUCUUUAUUAUUUAGAAACAUAAUACAGUGUUGUAAUUUUAGAUGCCAAACAUCCUUAACUUUGUGGUUUCACUUCACCUUAAUCCAUGUUUUGACCAAAACAUAUUGUUUGCAGUCAAUGGGUGGUUCACUAAGAUGAGACAUUUGUUGCGAUACAACUGCAUGAUGUUUUGAGUCAUUUAUUCACACUGUUAUUAAAGUGUCAUUUAAACGACGAUUAAGCGUCGUUUAAGCGCUAGAACGCGAUUUGAAUCCAAAACGUCCGAACGUUUUAAAAAAUAGUGUUGAACGUCUGUUUUGGAUGUUUAAGCAUCGUGUAAACGUCCUAAACGCGCGUUUUAGACGUUUUAGGGUUCUACGGACGUUCUAUGUGUUAGUGGGCCUUAAUGGGCCUUUCCAGGCUUCAAGCAAGCCUCCCGCCAGACACGUUCCAGAUUCCAGGCUUCAAGCCUCCCGCUAGCCAGCCGCCAGCCUGCUACCGCCGUCGGUCGUCCUCAGCCGCCCGCCAGGCUGAUGACGAGGACAAACGAUGCAAGUGGUGGUGGGAAGCUUCCCCGGAAGCGCUUCUAUCGCGCCAGGGCACACAGCAACCCGCUCAGCGACUCGCACUUCCCAGUCCCAAUAUCGCCUGAAGAGGUCGAUCUCUCACAGCACUACCCGCGGUACUUCCCUGCUGACAAGGGCAGCGACGGUGAGGAGGCUGCAGCGCCACAACAGAUCCGCUUCGCCGAUGUGGGGUGCGGAUUUGGCGGGUUGCUUGUAGGGCUCUCGCCUCUCUUCCCAGAUACGCUCAUGAUUGGCAUGGAGCUCAGGGACAAGGUAACGGAGUAUGUGAAGGAGAGGAUUUUAGCUCUAAGAGGGGCAAACCCAGGACAGUAUGAUAACAUAUCCGUUGUCCGCACGAACUCGAUGAAAUACAUUCCAAAUUACUUCAGAAAGGCUCAGCUCACCAAGAUGUUCUUCCUGUUCCCCGAUCCCCACUUCAAGGAGAAGAACCACAGGAGGAGGGUUAUCAGCAUGCAGCUGUUAGACGAAUAUGCUUACGUGAUGGAAGUGGGAGGAAUCAUAUAUACCAUCACUGAUGUCGAGGAGCUCGGAGAGUGGAUGCGGUCGUGUCUAGAGAAACACCCGUUAUUCGAAACCGUUCCUGAGGAAGAGAUUAAGGCUGACCCUGUUUUCAAACUACUGUCUACUGCCACCGAAGAAAGCCAGAAGGUGGCAAGAAAUGGAGGACAGACUUUCUAUGCCAUCUUCAGGCGGAUCUCCUUACAAGAAGAAUAAGUCGCUUAGAGAUUAUAAGCUAGAUCGUGUUACGUGUGUUUGUCAGUUUUAUACAUUUUUUUUUUAAAAAAAUUUAGCAGUAGGUGUACUUGGUACUAAAUAUUGCAAUGUUGCUUUGCAAGGUUCUGCAGACCCAGUUAUUUUGUUCAGCUUUAAAAGAGUUUACCAA